CCCCCCUCAUAGUCUCUCUUUCUCUCUCUCUCUCUCUCUCUCUCCCGCGCUCUCUCCGGUCCGCUCGAGCCUCCCACGUCCAGUGCGCACGCGGCGGCGCGUUGCGGAGACGUUUCCAGUCCAGUCCGCGUUCAUGAGUCCCGGAGACGCGCGAGCGGCGCGGGGAUUGUAGCAGCGCGUGCGGGUCGGAAGCAUGGUUGUUUUAGGCUGAGUGAGCGGAGAGCGGAGGCAGUGCCGAGGCCCUGACCGCUCUGUCCACUUCUUCUGAGACCACUCAGCUCUCUGUGACUGAUCGCUCCCCACGGCACAGGCAGCAGAAUGAAGCGUCCGGCGGCCAUCUUCCUCCCCGUCCUCCCCUUCCUCACCCUCCUCUUCAUCUCUCUGAUGCAGCCCACACAUUCUGAGAUUUCCAACUGCGUCAUCAAGAGAGAGCAGGAGAGAUGCAUGGAGAGGAUCGCACUGCAUGACCCCACACAGGACCAGGAGUUUGGCUGCGCUUGGGAGUGGGAUAACCUGACAUGCUGGCAGGCUGCCAGCGUGGGAGAGAUAGUGGUGGUCAGCUGCCCUGAGCUCUUCGAGUUCACCAGCACUGAGGAAGGUCUUGGGAAGAUCAGCAGGAACUGUACUGAGGACGGUUGGUCGGAACCGUAUCCACAUUAUGUGGACGCCUGUCUCUCUGAAGAGAACGGAACCAAACCUGAUAUGUACUAUGCGUCAGUGAAGGCUCUGUACACAGUGGGCUACAGCACCUCGCUGGUGUCCCUCACCACCGCUAUGGCCAUCCUCUGCAGGUUCAGGAAGCUGCACUGCACCAGGAACUUCAUCCACAUGAACCUGUUUGUGUCGUUCAUCCUGCGGGCCAUCUCCGUCUUCAUUAAAGACGGGGUGCUGUACGCCGAGGAGGACAGUGACCACUGCUUUGUGCACACUGUGGCUUGUAAAGCAGUGAUGGUGUUCUUCCACUACUGCGUGAUGUCCAAUUACUUCUGGCUCUUCAUCGAGGGCCUGUAUCUCUUCACGCUGCUGGUGGAAACGUUCUUUCCAGAGAGGAGAUACUUCUACUGGUACACCAUUAUCGGCUGGGGAACCCCGACCAUCUGCGUGACGAUAUGGGCCGUGCUGCGGCUGCAUUUCGAUGACUCUGGCUGCUGGGAUAUGAACGACAACACUGCUCUCUGGUGGGUGAUAAAGGGACCCGUCGUCGCCUCUAUCAUGAUAAACUUCGUGCUCUUCAUCGGGAUCAUCAUCAUCCUCGUCCAGAAGCUGCAGUCUCCAGACGUCGGCGGGAACGAGUCCAGCAUUUACCUCAGCUGUGCUCAGAAAUGCUUCAGUGAGCCGACACAGGCUGUCCAGCAUUCAUGCAGGAUGUCAGAGCUUUCUGCCAUCACCCUGAGGCUUGCUCGCUCCACCCUGCUGCUCAUCCCUCUUUUCGGCAUCCAUUACACUGUGUUCGCUUUUUCCCCCGAGGACGUGAGCAAGAGGGAGAGACUGGUGUUCGAACUGGGCCUCGGCUCCUUCCAGGGGUUUGUGGUGGCUGUGCUCUACUGUUUCCUGAAUGGAGAGUUUCUGCCUGAAGGUGCAGUCGGAGAUCAAGAGGAAAUGGCGCAGUUGGACGGUGAACAGGUACUUUGCUGUGGACCUGAAGCAGCAGCGUCACCCUUCGCUAGCGAGCAGUGGGGUGAACGGGGGGACGCAGCUGUCCAUCCUCAGCAAGAGCAGCUCGCAGAUACGGAUGUCCAGCCCGCAGGCCGAGAGCGUCAACCUCAACCUGCCCACCUGAGCGCCUGAUUGGCUGGGCGCCCCACAUGACUCCUCCCCCUUUGAGCUCGUCCCACCGAACCGACUACAAAAACCAAGAAUCAAGAGUACGAACCAACUCCUGCCACCAGUCAGGACAAAGUAGGAGCGUAAAAGUGCUGCUUACUGAUUUACGAUUUUACCAAUAUAUUCCAGCCAUUUUCACCAUUACUUAUAGGUUUCUUAUAGUUUAAAAAAUGCAAAUAAAAUAUUUUACGGGGAAAAAAGGAAAUUUUUGAAGCCAAAAGCAGAACUUAAUGAUAUUAAGCUCUAAAAGCUUUAAAACAACAGUGCUUUCUCUCUCAGUAGCUCAAACUGAAUUACUAAAUCAUAUUUCCAACAUAUUUCCAAUAUAAUGUUUUUGUCAUUCUCAUUGGCGGCCAAUCAGAAAGCACAUUAAUAGCAGUAAUAUAGCCUAAUUAAUACAAUGUGUAGAGUAAACUGAUGCAUUUCAGUAUUACAGUACAAAAGAAAUGAAACCUGAAAAUAUAUAUAUAAAUAUAUAUUUUAUUUUAUACCCUAAAAAACCUCCAAAAUUAUUUUUAGGCUUACUUUAAAUUCAUCUAGGCCUGUCAUGAUAAUUGCUUAUCAUUGAUUAUCGUAUUAUGACUUAUUGAAUGAAGAAUAAGCAGAAUAAGCCUCACUUUGAUUUAUACUGGAAUUAAAUUAUUACUAAAGUAUUUUAUUAUUAUUAGUUUUGAUCAAUAUCAAAAUAUUAUUUCUAAGCAUUAAAAGCUAUUUUAUUUAUUUAUUUAGGUUUUUUUUAAAUACUGUAUUUCAGUUCCAAUUACUUCUUUAACAGUCAUAAAAUUGUCUUUAAUUAACAUUAAUAUCAUUUAUCACAAUUAUUUCUGGGACAAUAUAUAAACCAAUCAAAAACAGUUAUUGUGACAGGCCUAGAAAAGUCAAUUUCAACACAUUGUGCUUUCAGAAACGAAACAUGUGAAAAGAAUAGCAAGACUAAAAAAGGGAUAAUAAGUGUAUUAGUAUUAAAGUGUCAGUAUUAAAGUGUUUUUAUCAUUCCUCAUCACUGAAAAAAUACAACUGUAAUAAGUGCCAAAAUACAGUUAUUUUAAUAUAUUUAAUGUCUUUCAUUUGUUAAUUUGUUAUACAUACUAUAUAGCUACACUAUUUUGCUUUAAAGUGAGUAUGUUAAAAAGGUCAUAU